UAUAGAAAGCAAUGUAUCGUUGGAUAUUGGAUCCAGCCGAUCGAGAUGCGGUGUCAGCUCAUGUGGAGCUAAGGAAAACGAGCCAUGAACAUCUGGUGCUGGUCGAGAUUUCGUGCGCCAGAUCCUCUGAGGAGCUCUUGUCCAUAAGAACAGCCUAUCACGCUCGAUACAAACGUUCCCUCGAGGAACAAGUUUACGAUUAUACCAAGGGAAACACCCGAAAGCUCUUGAUAGCGUUGGUGAGUGCAUUUAGAUAUGAGGGGGAAGAGAUAAACAAAAGACUAGCAAAAUCCGAAGCCAAAGAAGUCCAUGAAACUAUCAAAUACAUUAAACUCCACAACGACGAUUUUAUUAGGAUCAUUACUUCGAGGAGCAAAACGCAGCUCCAAGCCACUUUCAACUUUUAUAGGGAAGGAGAAGGCACUUCCAUUACUAAGAUGCCAAAUAAAUCUAAAGACGUCCUUUCAACACUGCGUAUCACGAUUCGAUGCCUCAAGGACCCAAUAAAGUACUUCGAAAAGGUUUUGCGGAAUUCGAUCCAAAGGUUAGGAACGGACGAGGAUGCUCUAACGAGAGUGAUCGUUACGAGCGCUGAAAAGGACCUCAAAGAAAUCAAAGAGCUUUAUUGUAAGAGAAACAGUGUGCGUCUUGACGAUGCUGUUGACAAGGACACCAAAGGGGAUUACAAGGACAUGCUUCUUACUAUGUUGGGGAAUGAAGUUUGAAUAAU